AUGACUUAUUGUGCUAAGAAAAGGAAGGAAUCGAUUUAUAUCUUUGUUUUUAUCUUUGUCAAAUACAGAAGCAUUUUUCACUCUCAACCCGACUCAACAAAUGUCCAUCAGUUUUUUUCUAACGAAAUUUUUAUGAAAUAAAACGAUUUUUACGACGAGGACCAAGUUAAAUACGUAAUAAAACGAAAUCAUGUCAAUUAAAGACGAUAACAUUCCACUAGCUGAUGAUGAUCCACAAGCCAUCAUUGAAGACACGAAUGACAAUAUCAAUCGAGCUAAAUCAAGUGAUUCACUACCAAGCAUGUAUAACAACGAUGGAUCCAGUUCAAGUCUAGAACCGGACAUAAAUCCCGAUGAACAAGAGGAAAAAGCACGAUUGAUUUCACAAGUACUCGAACUGCAGAACACACUUGACGAUCUAUCGCAACGAGUCGAUGGUGUAAAGGAGGAAAAUCUGAAACUUCGUUCAGAAAACCAAGUGUUGGGCCAGUACAUUGAAAAUUUGAUGUCCGCAUCGUCUGUGUUUCAGUCGACAAAUACAACGACCAAAAAGAAAUGAACAAAAUCGAAUCAAAACUACGUGAAAAUCUCAAAUAGCAGUAUUUCUUUUAUUUGAUCGCUUGAAUUCAGAGAGAAAACGAUGAACACACAAGUGCUUUUGCUGGUUCUAGGCUAAUGAAUUCUAUUUAUCUUAUAUUAUCUUUAUUUGCACUUACUAAUUUACCAACCAAGAUUGGCUCAAAUCAAAAGGCAUUUCGCAAAUCAGAUGGCUUUUUCUCGAGAGAUUUGUGUUUUUUCCUCUCAUUUUUUUAUGUUUUUAAAAUCAUCGAUCAAUAACAUAUUCAUAACCUUGUUGCUCUCUUUGUAUUAUAUAAAAUCGUUGAUAACGUUCAACAGCUUUUACAUCGUUGUUCAGAAAUAAAUUCCAUAUAUUGUAACUGGCAUUCCGUUCAUCGACAGCGGAAACAAGA